AUGAGCGAUGAGACUUUCAAAAGUCAUUUUCGUAUGAGACGAGAUACUUUUGAAUUUCUACUUACUGGGACCGGACUUGCAAAAACAAUCUGUCCACUUUGGUAG